AUCAUCCCACAAUGCAGUAUUCCAACAUGGAUGCGCCCAUGUAAAAAGCAAUUUUGUAAAAUUCCCGCUCCAGUUCGUCGCAAUUUUUUACGGUUGAAGGAAUAUCCUAGUAUUUUUUUGUUAUUUCCACACCAAUUUCAGAGUGCCAGGAUCAAGAAAACGCUACAUUAUGUCUUCAAAGCCAUUGAAAAUACUUGUCUGUGGGGAUGUGGAGGGCAGAUUCCGUCAGCUAUUCACCAGAGUCAACAAUGUCAACAGAAAGGCUGGCCCAUUUGAGAUGCUGCUUUGUGUUGGAGAGUUUUUCGGUGCAGAGGAAGAAGAGUGGAGAAAGUAUGAGAAUGGAGAGGAAAAAGCACCAAUCCCGACGUACAUCCUUGGCCCCAACAGACCAGAGAACAUGAAGUAUAUUAAAGAUGUCAAUGGGUGUGAACUCUGUGAAAACAUCACUUACUUAGGCAAAAAGGGCAUUUUCAGUGGUGCGUCCGGAUUACAGAUUGGCUACCUGAGCGGUACAGAGCAGACGCAUGCGGCAGUCCAGGAACCAAACAACUUCAGCAAGGCCGACAUCGAUGCGCUGGCCGUACCUCUUAUCGCAGACUCUAAGUUCAAGGGUUUGGACGUACUCCUGACUUCACCAUGGCCCCAGGGGGUGUUCAAGUAUUCAAACACACUGGAGGGCCUCAACCCAGAAACAACCGGCUCCAGUCUAAUUGCAGAUUUGGCUCUCGCUGUGCGACCGCGUUACCACUUUGCAGCUCAAGAGGGCGCUUUCUAUGAACGGCUCCCGUACCGCAACCACAAAGUACUGAAUGAGUCUACAAAGCAUGUCACGCGAUUCUUGGGGCUCGCAAAAGUCGGAAAUCCAGAAAAGAAAAAGUACUUGUACGCCUUCAACAUCGUCCCAAUGAAGUCCAUGGAGAAGGAGGAGUUGGUCAAGCAACCACAGGAUGUGACCGAGUGUCCAUAUAGCUGGUCCGGAACCAGACUAGAGCAGAAACCAGAGGCAGACAUGUCUAAUCAGUACUUCUUCAGCCAGAAUUCAGGAGGAAGGGGCAGAGGUCAGAAGAGGUCACGAGGUCAACACCACGGCGGACCGGACAGGAAAAAAAGACCACAGCCGACAGGUCCAUGCUGGUUCUGUUUGGGAAGCCCUGAGGUUGAGAAACAUCUUGUAGUCAGCGUCGGAACAUCGACGUACAUGGCAUUGGCAAAGGGAGGUCUGAUUCCGGACCAUGUCCUCGUUCUUCCUAUUGGUCACUACCAGUCUAUUGUUGAUUUGCCCGAAGAUGUUAUUGAGGAACUGGAGCAGUACAAGAGCGCCCUCCGGAGGUACUUCAAGUCUAUUGGAAAGACCUGCGUCAUCUUCGAGAGGAAUUUCAGAACACAGCAUCUUCAACUACAAGUCAUACCAAUCAACAGAACCGUCUGUGAUGACAUCAAGGAAGUCUUCACUUCCAGAGCGGAGGAACAAAAGUUGGAAUUGUUUGAGAUUCCCAAACACACUGAUCUCAAACAGGUUGUAUCAGUCGGCAAUCCUUACUUCUACGUUGAGUUGGACGGCGGAGUCAAACUCCUGCAUCAGAUCAAGAGGAACUUCUUUCCUCUUCAGUUUGGCAGGGAGGUCAUGGCCAGUGAAGACCUCCUUGACAUGCCAGACAGAGCCAACUGGAAGGCUUGCUCCAUGGAGAAGGAGGAAGAGGCAAGGUUAGCUCAGGAAUUCCGCAAGAAAUUCGCUCCGUUUGAUUUCAACGAUGAGUAAAGAUUUAACAGAAUAUAGCCAGGAAGGAUUACUUUUGGGAUUUCUUUAGUGAAAACAGUGAUUGCUUUCCACCAUCACUGGGUCACCCUAAAGUUUGCUUCAGUAUUUCACACAAUGCAUUCCCCUUUAGUGAAGCGAUCUGAGCUAUACUAAAUGCACAUGUGAUGGUUAACGACGGAUCCGUGGGAGGGGGGUGGCAAAGGGGGCCUUGGGCCCCCCCCCCAAAAAAAAAAACGAAUGCAAUUUUUUUAUAAGUGACAUUGCAAAAAAGGCAGCAUCUGUGUACACUGCCAUCUUUUCUAAAGCAAAAAAUUUGGUUAAAGUGGUCAGAAAUUGCUUCAGAUUGCACCACAGAGCAUCUAGAAUCAAAAAAGUUUCCGGGGCCCGCUUCGAUGCCGUAAAUUUUUGGACCCACUAUUUGGGGGACCAACAUUUUUGGCCCCCCCCCUCCCCCAAAUUGUAUCCUGGAACCGCCCUUGGUGAUGCUCCCAGUAACUGCUUAGUCUAACAAAACCCUAAUUUCAAAACCCGGAUUGGUGCAUAGACAUGCUGAUACUUAUGUGUGCAUUAAGACGUCUACAGAUCUUUUUCCAAAUUUAUACUUCGCUUGCGUGCAAAGGAAAUUAAACAAUUGAGUAGGAACAAUCUGUUUGUUACAGUUGACACAAUUUUUGUGGGGUUUUUCUCAAUCGUUGAUCAAAUGUUUUAGCAUGUAUUUAAUUGUAAUAUUAAAGCAGCAAUUUUUAAAUGCUCUUUUUUUUUUAAGUCUGUAAAAUGUAAAUACUGAAUAAAUGCACAAUUUAGUCUGAAUUUUUAA